UCUCUCUCUCUCUCUCUCUCUCUCUCGCUCUCUCUCUCCGCCGCUUCUCUCGAUCGAUCGAUUGAUUGAUCGAGAUCUCGCCGGAACCCUAGCCGAUCGCCGGAGAAGGCCGAGGGAUCCGGCGCCGAUCUCGGCGGUGUUGGCGGCGGCGGCGGAGCCAUGUCGUCGGGGAGAUACAUGGCGUACUCCCCCUCCCCCUCCACCGCCCCCCACUCCCCCCACAUCUCCGGCAUCCGCUCCCUCUCCGACCAGGAGAAGUACUUCUCUGAGUUGCUGGCUGAGCGUCAGAAACUAGGUCCAUUUAUGGCGGUACUUCCACAUUGCUAUCGAUUGCUAAACCAGGAGAUCUUGCGUGUAACCACACUGCUGGGGAAUGCGUCAGUUUUAGAUCAAGAACAUGGUAGCCCCCUCAUCAAUGGAGGAUUAUUCCCAAAUGGAGGACCAGCUAACAUGAAUGGGUGGGCGUCACCAUAUCAAUCAGAAAGGCCGGAUAUGUUCCAUCCUCCAGCAGCCAAUAAUUGGCUUGGGCCACAAGGCAACUCAUCAGCUUUCAUUGUAAAGAAAACAAUCAGAGUUGACAUUCCAGUCGACAAAUACCCUAAUUACAACUUUGUUGGGCGACUACUUGGUCCUAGAGGGAACUCUCUAAAACGAGUGGAAGCCACUACUGAUUGCCGUGUCCUAAUUCGAGGGUGUGGCAGCAUUAAAGAUCCUGCACGGGAAGAAAUGAUGCGCGGAAAACCGGGGUACGAGCAUCUGAACGAGCCCCUCCACAUACUAGUCGAAGCAGAGCUGCCAGCUGAAAUCAUCGAUGCUCGCUUGAUACGAGCCCGUGAGAUCCUUGAAGAUCUUCUCAAACCUGUGGAUGAAUCAGUUGACUUCUUCAAGAAGCAGCAGCUCCGAGAGCUAGCUAUGCUUAACGGCACUCUCCGUGACGACAGCUCACAGAAGUCGGGUUCCGUGUCCCCGUUUCACAACAGCCUCAGCAUGAAAAGAGCCAAGACACGCGGUUAGCUAGAGAUCUCUACAUGUUAGUCCUCUUUACAACCAACUAUACAAUCAAAGGUGUUGCAUGCCGAUCCAUGCUCGAAACGCCGGUCGUGUGCAGUAAGACUAAAAGGUGUGACCUAAUUAAGAUGCGGUGUGAUGUGUGUCGUCCUGCUAUUGAGGGAGGUUUGGAGAUACUAUGGCUUAUACAAAUCAAAGAGCGAGCUGAGUACGAUUGUGGAGUAUGCCUAGGUUUGUGUAAUAGUAAAUACUAAUCGAGAAGCACAAACAUGUCUGAUUACUCUCGAUAGAAUAAUGUUCUUGUGAUUACAGUUUUGGUAAGCAGUGUGGUGGGGUUUGAAUAGAAAAGCUCUAGUUCGAUCUGCGUAUAGAACGAUGAGAGAGACAAAUAACCCCUAUACGCAGAUUCGGAUGGCCAAAGUCGUCGUCGUCGUCGUAGUAGUAGUGUUCUCUCUCUCUCUCUCUCUAAUGUUUGAUGUCCUGUUUAAGUUUGUAAUAAACAACAGCUUUGUUGGUGAGUGUGAGCAGAUCAUUGUGCUAACAUUUGGUUGGUUUUCUAUAUAUUUUUUAUAUGUAUAAUCAGUAUACUAAAGCAUCAUCCCGCGA